CUUUCCGUUACCCCGACCCUGAAUCGAGAUCUUCAUUUGUCGUUUCGUAUACGUCCUCGUACACGGUCUCGCACUGAGGUAGUCUCGGUAUGUCGGAAACGAGCAUUCAAUUUCAACUUGUUUUCAACUCUCUCGGCGGAUCCGCCAUCGCCAACGCAACAACGGGUGCGCCUAGCCCGCGGACCCCGGUUUCGUUGUUACUGCGUUACAAUGAACCUCGUGGAGGAAAAAGGCAUUGCAGAUCUUCUCCCAGGAUGAGGCUGCGAUAUUGCUAUGACACCCUCCAUUGCGGUCUGCUGUGUCAUGAGCUCGGCCUUGUUUUCUCUCGCGCUCUUUGGUCAUCUGCUCAACGAACCGAGGGAGCCAUGCGGCAGACACCACUGGGAAUCAAAACGUUCUGUCUCAGGGAGCUCAUGCAGCUGGGUCACGGUCCUGCAGGUUUUACCCUCCUGCAGUGUCCCGGACCUCACAAUCAAGCAUGCGGAAGACUUCGCAGCAUUGCGUCUGAUCCCAUUGUUAUUGGUCUUAAGUGUCAUUUGCUCUCACCCGUUUGUUAUCUCACGCCUCAUCUGAAAGACUAACCAACGAACAGACCGGGCCUGUCACUCAAAACGGACCUUUGAUGCGCCAAAGUUAAGACAGGUUGGAUUGCGAAGGUGGUUAACGCAUAAUUGUCCUUCUUUGGUAAGAAAACUAGUACUAUCAAGCAACUAUCAAGCAUCAACCAGCCAUGAACUCUCAUGCGAAGAGUCUUUCAUGACACUUUGUGAUGGCCAGAUAUCUCAAUCUCACAAAACGUCAGGAAUCCUGCAGAUCCCGAGAAAAAACUGUCACGCUCAUUGACGCCAACGCAUGGUCUCUGACCUUCUCUGACAGAUCUUGCAUACAUCCCGGUCAGCGUCAACUAUGCCUCGUGGGGUAUAAAAGAAGUGGAUAUCUAUCUAUGACCAGGAGUGGGGGAAUCCUUCGACCUCGCUCAGCCAGCUAGUAUGAAGUACCUGUUCGCGAUAUCUCUGGGCCUUGCUUCUGCCAGUGCUUCCCCGACCACAUUGCAGAAACGCGCCGACCCACAGGGCAUCGACGUGUCCGACUAUCAGACAGACAUCGACUGGAGCAGUGUCGCGUCUAGCGGCGUAACCUUUGCAUACAUCAAGGCUACAGAGGGAACGGGAUAUACCAGCCCCCAAUUUAGUGGCCAAUAUGAAGGUGCUUCAAAUGCAGGGAUUAUUCGUGGGGCAUACCAUUUUGCACAUCCUGAUGAGUCGGACGGUGCGACUCAAGCCAGUUACUUCGUUUCGAAUGGCGGUGGCUGGACUGCUGACGGCAUCACCCUCCCUGGGGCGCUGGACAUUGAAUACAACCCCUCAGGCGCUGAGUGCUAUGGCCUGAGCGCAGCUGACAUGGUAACAUGGGUUAUGGAUUUCUCAAAUACUUAUCAGUCUUCAACUGGCCGAUACCCUGUGAUCUACACCACCACGGAUUGGUGGACGACGUGUACAGGCAACAGCGCUACUUUUGCUGCUAAUAGCCCGCUAUGGCUUGCAGACUACGCCUCGUCAGUCGGGACGCUCCCUGCUGGCUGGGAGUAUGAGACGUUUUGGCAGUAUGCCGACUCUGGUUCCAACCCUGGAGAUCAAGAUUACUUCAAUGGUGACGCCGCUGGGCUAAAGGCGAUUGCAUCUGGAUGAAAACGAGGAAAACUAUCGGAGUGAGUAAGAUGGCCGUAGAUACAUAAGUCCUUUGAUAUAAGUAAGCUAGUGGUAAAUAAACACUACCAGUAGAGGGUACCGCUUGGACUCUGGCGCUAGGUGGCUUGAGUGUAUAGGGUUUAAGCUGUGAUGUGUGUGCCAUUAAUGAACGUGGAAU